UCAUAUAUGCUGGUCACGUGACGAGAUACGACAGGGGCAGCCAUUUUGGCAGUCAUCGCGGCAGUAAAUUGACAGGCACUGGCAGACUGUCAAGGAUGGUGGAUAACUGCUGUGCACCAGGUUGCACAAAUAGGCGUGGGAAAAAGAAAGGUGUAUCGUAUUAUCGCAUUCCUAAAGACGCGGAGAGGAGGGAGAAGUGGAUUGGAGCGAUUAAAAGAGCCAGGAGCCUUCAGAAAAAGACUGAAAGAUGGGACCCCCCGGCCGUUGGCUUUCGCUUAUGCAGUGAUCACUUCAUAUCAGGGAGAAAGAGUGAUAAUCCGUUGAGUCCGGAUUUUAUCCCCUCAAUUUUCGAUUACCUUCCAUCUCCAGAGAAGAGGAGACAUAAAACGAGACUGGAGGUUUUUAACAGAAGGCAGAAGGCUAAACUGCACAAAGUAGAGCAGGCAAAGAUAUCUGCAGAAGCCAUCCGUCAAAGGACAUCAACUGAUGCAGCCCCAGAAGACCAUAUCACAGAGCCUUUGAAGGAGCCCCCCAUCACAGAUCCGUUGGAAGACUCAGCCGAUGAUCCUGUCCAGCCUGAACCAGUAACACCACCAUGCACCUCUGAAACCUGCUGUACCCGCAUCCAGAGUCUUGAGCAAGAAUGCCAAGCUCUAAGGGCUGAAAAUGUGUUGUUAAGGGAAAAGAUUAAUAGGAAGACCCUGACAGAGAUUAGUUUAAAUAACAAUGAUAAAAAGGUGAAUGUCCUCACUGGGCUGGCAACCUAUGCAUGUCUCAUGACCAUUUUUCAAUAUCUGGCUCCAUUUCUCAAAGUUAAAUCAUCAAUAACAUGUUUUCAACAAUACAUGUUGACUUUGAUGAAGCUUCGAAUGAACUUAACAUUUGACUUUUUGGGUUUUUAUUUUGGCAUCGACCCAACUACUGUCUCCAGGCACUUCAAAAACUGUGUUAAUUUGAUGUAUUGUAGACUGGUGCCAAGCCUAGUGGUGUGGCCUGAAAGAGAAUCUUUAAGAACAUCUAACAUUCUAAAUCCGGCUGGUCGCACCAGGACGUCUGUGUGUGAUAGGCGAUGCUGCAUUUCGUAG